UAUAACAAUAUAACAACAAUAAUAAUACCGUGUUUAAGUAUAUGUGGCGUUAGAGUAGUUAAUGUGUUGUUAAUAUACUAAUGAUUUGGACGCUACUGUAGCGCGCGAGUGCGGGGCCACACGCUGCAGCUCCAACGUUCUUCCCAUCGCUACGCAGAAAGCACGAGCACGGGCUCGCGUAUGAGUCAGCGGAACGAACCCGACGUAACAGCGGCGCGUGCCUCGCGCUGAAGGUGGGGUCGACCUUUAAAGACGGGCUUUAAAAAGCGCACGCGCUCACGCGAGGUGCGGACGCCAAAACAAAAGAACCAGACAACACUCUUUAAACCGUCUGAAUGCGCAAUUAGUUGUGACGACGACUCGCGCGUGGUCAUGUGCAUGCAUGCGUGCUCGGGGAACCGGGCGGACCGGUCUCUUCGAGCCGCGCGCGCCCAGCGGAGCGCCUUCGCGCAGCAGCCGCGCUGCUUUACGCAGGCGCGCUACACAGCGGAAGCCAUGUUGAAGUUCGGUGGGACUGGACGCGUUGCCCCGUCUCCGUGUGCAUCCUCGCGCGCCCUCCUCCCGCUGCUGCCCUCGCUACCGUAACUGUGUACCGGAGGGCAAGGCGACGACCGUGCCAUGAGCUCCAGCCUGGAUCUUUCUCGGCGGAACCCGCAAGAGGAUUUUGAACUGAUCCAGAGGAUCGGAAGCGGAACCUACGGAGAUGUGUACAAGGCUCGCAAUGUCAACACGGGGGAGCUGGCAGCCAUUAAAGUCAUCAAGCUGGAACCGGGGGAAGACUUUGCGGUGGUGCAGCAGGAGAUUGUAAUGAUGAAGGACUGUAAACACUCCAACAUCGUGGCCUACUUUGGCAGCUACCUGAGGAGGGAUAAGUUAUGGAUCUGUAUGGAAUACUGUGGAGGCGGCUCACUGCAGGACAUUUACCAUGUCACAGGGCCUCUGUUGGAACCACAGAUUGCAUAUGUGUCACGGGAGACACUACAGGGAUUAUUCUACCUCCACAACCAAGGCAAGAUGCACAGAGACAUUAAGGGGGCCAAUAUCCUGCUCACAGACAACGGUUAUGUGAAGCUGGCGGACUUUGGGGUCUCUGCUCAGAUAUCAGCCACUCUGGCUAAGAGGAAGUCCUUCAUCGGAACUCCAUACUGGAUGGCUCCAGAGGUGGCUGCGGUGGAGAGGAAGGGCGGCUAUAACCAGCUGUGUGACAUCUGGGCUGUAGGCAUCACAGCUAUAGAACUGGCCGAACUGCAGCCUCCCAUGUUUGACCUGCAUCCGAUGAGGGCCCUCUUCCUCAUGACUAAGAGCAACUUCCAGUCUCCUAAACUCAAAGACAAGGUGACAUGGACAAACAACUUCCAUCACUUUGUGAAAAUGGCACUGACCAAAAACCCCAAGAAGAGGCCAACAGCAGACAAACUGCUCCAGCACCCGUUCGUGUCCCAGCCGCUGAGCCGGACGCUUGCCAUUGAGCUAUUGGACAAGGCCAGCAACCCAGACCACGCCCACUACAGUGACGAGGACGAGGACCCUGACCCUGAGUCCCCUGUGAUGGUCCCUCAUCGGAUUCGCUCAACAAGCAGAAGUUCACGAGAUGGAAAGACUCUGUCAGAGAUCAACUUUGAUCAGGUGAAGUUUGAUCCUCCUUUGAGAAAAGAGACAGAGCCACAUCAUGAGGGGGAACAGAUGGAGACUCAGAGCUUAAUAGGAGAGAAUAAGAGUCUUUUAAAGUCUGUAGAAGAAGAACUUAAUCAGAGGGGUCAUGUGACACAUUUAGAGGAUGAUGAUGAGGCUGAUAAUUGUGGUGAUGAUGAAGCUGUCCAAACCAGCUGGAUGGGAAAAGCAGUGCCAGGACCCAAAAAUUCACAUUCCAGUUCCACCAUGAGACCCAAAGUACCUCCACCAUUACCCCCUAAACCAAAGUCUCUGAGUUCAGCUCAGAAUGGUCCUGUUGUAGAGGACAGUGAACAAGGCACCAUCAAACGCAGCCCUGCUUCUCCAAACCCCGCCCCUCAUCCUCGCCCCACCUCCUGUGUGCCCCCCAGGCCGCCGCCCCCUCGCCUGCCCCCCCACAGACGCAGCAGCUUAGGUAAUGGACUUAGCCCUGCCCAGCAGAACGGAGAGUGGGAGCGACAGCUGACCCUCCCCACUGUGCCCAGCCGGAGGAGCAGAGAUGUUCCCAAGCCAGUCAGUAACGGCCUACCACCCACACCCAAAGUGCACAUGGGUGCGUGCUUCUCUAAGGUGUUCAACGGAUGUCCGCUGAAGAUCCACUGUGCUACGUCCUGGAUCAACCCGGACACCCGAGAUCAGUAUUUGAUUUUCGGAGGUGAAGAAGGCGUCUAUACUCUGAACCUGAAUGAACUGCACGAAUCCGCCAUGGAACAGAUAUUUCCACGGAGAUGCACGUGGCUGUAUGUGAUGAACAACUGGCUACUCUCCAUAUCUGGUAAAGCAUCUCAGCUUUACUCCCAUAAUCUCGGUGGCCUCUUCGAACAGGCUAGGCAGAUGCAGAAGUUACCGGUUGCCAUACCGACACACAAGCUCCCUGAUAAAAUCAUCCCUCGGAAGUUCACAGUGUCCAAUAAGAUUCCAGAUACAAAAGGAUGCCAGAAGUGUUGUGUAGUUCGUAAUCCAUACACAGGGCACAAAUACCUUUGUGGUGCGUUCCAGUCCUAUGUAGCUCUGUUUGAAUGGGUGGAGGCCAUGCAACGGUUUAUGCUCAUCAAGAUUAUAGACUUCACGCUGCCCUGUCCUCUAGAAGUGUUUGAGAUGUUGGUGGUCCCGGAGUGUCAGUACCCUCUCAUCUGCGUUUCCGUCAGCAAGGGCAGCCAGCCCAACCAGGUCGUGACCUUUGGCACGGUCGACCCCAAUGUCCCUGUCCCGACCUUCACAGAGCCUGAUACACCCCAGACGUGUGUGAUUCACGUCACCCAGCUGGAGAGGGACACCAUACUGGUCUGCCUGGACAGGUGUAUUAAGAUGGUGAAUUUACAAGGCAGAUUAAAAUCAAACAAGAAGCUGUCUGCUGAACUCACCUUUAGCUUUCAGAUAGAAGCAAUAGUGUGUUUGCAGGAUAGCGUGCUGGCGUUCUGGAGACAUGGCAUGCAGGGACGUAGCUUCAAGACCAAUGAGAUCACACAGGAGAUCUCAGACAGUUCUCGUAUCUUCAGACUGCUGGGAUCAGACAGGACAGUGGUAUUGGAAAGCCGGCCUACAGACAACCCCAUGGCCCAGAGUAACCUGUACAUACUCGCAGGCCACGAGAACAGCUACUGAUCUUACACGCACGCGCACACACACACAAACCCAUUCCACAGCCAUGCAGCACUACACUACGUCCCAGCCACGUGUAUAAGCUAUGUGUGUCCAUGCAGACAUUCUCCGUGUGCUCUCACCCACCUGAUCUACACACACAGCACCCGGACAAACCGCAACGCAAACCACGACCCUGCAAACUGCAGCUCACCCUGCUCGACUUGACGAGGACCUGCAACACGCUGCCGCGUCUCGCACCAUAUCGUGGAUGGACCAGGCAGUCCGGCUUCUUUUACGUUCUUUGCUCACGCAUGCUACAGGGACAGCGUCUUCUUCCUGUGCUUUUUAGGUUUUUAACGGUGACUCCUCCCCCCCACCCCGAGCAGUCUUACCCCUCCAACAGGGGGCUCCAGAACACCUGGAGGUCCGCCUUUACCCUGUGAGCCCUUAAAUGACUCUGCCUUCGCUCUUCGGAUCCCAUGAGGGCAGCGUAACUUCUGCGUAGGUAUUUGUUGCCAUGAAAUAUUACACCGUAAUGAAAUAAUAUGCUUGUGAAUUUAUGCACCGUGUUAUAAGAACAUGUACUUGCAUAGAAGUUACAGUAUGCUAACGUUUGUACAUACUUUGGUUCAGACACCUGAGGAAGCUGGCCUGGAGAUUUAAGGGAUUUUAAGGGAACGUUUGAUCCCAAAACACUAAUGUUGGUCUGCGAGAACAAUUAUGCCAACCAGUCUACAACUUUUUGGUUAUUUAUUUCUAUUUAAUAAUUAUUUAUAUAUGUGGAACAUGUCAUGUCCAGAUUUUCUUCUCUGAAGUCCUUUUCUCAAACUUAAAGCUGAAACAUGAGGGGUUUUUUUUUUUUUAAACCAUCGCUGCUUGGUUCCAGAAACUCUAAACUUUGUGCUGUUUGCAACAGCAAUGUGCCUCACUACACACUAAAAGUCUUUAAUGAGAGCUUGGCUUUGGGGUGAGUGUCGUUACUAGAGGGCCGAUGCUCAACAACAGCACCCUGUUCGCUGUGCGUAUGUGUGUGAGUGUGUGUGAGAGAGAGAGAGAGUGAGUGAGUGCAUAUUUAAACUGCCAGCUACCCUUCCUUGUUCCAAAUGAAAUUGCUCCUGCUAAAAAAAAAACAAUAUAGUUAUGUUACCAACAUUUAAUUUCUUGCAAGUUGACCAAGUUGAGUUUUGCUUAGUACAUCAGCACACACACACUGGCUGCGUAAGACUGGAGGAAACUAGAUGAUGAAAUCGGCCCUAGGAAACAAACAUGGCCAUUCUAGCAACUUUAUCGUGCUUCACUAAGAUCAUGUCUGAUACUUAGUCUCUAAAUAUUUAGCUUUGCUUCUUCUCUCGAGCCGCCCAGGUCGUAGCCCAUCCGUGGCACUGAUCCCAGACCUGUGGGGUUGGGUGGGCGUGCCCACCGUAAUCCCGGCUUCACGUGCUGAUGUGAAAGUGCAUGUCUGUUGUGCUUUUUCAUACCAAGUUCAUUCAUGUUGAAGGUUACCAGCUCAUCUUGCUGUUCCAGUCAGUCAUGUACUGGUCUGUAAUGAGGUUUAAGAGCAAUCACUGCUGCAUGACACGUAUAUGUUUAUGAAGUUGGAAUUUUGUUGCGCCUUUUUGAAUAAUGUCACCACACCUUUUAAAUAUGUAACAUUUUACUAAUCACUGUACUGAGAAAUUUGCAGUUUCUUAUGGACGAUAAUGUGAUGGUCACAGUUUGCAAAUGCACGCAUGUGGCGAGACGUACAUAGAAUGGCACAAGUAACACGUGCGUGUUCACGUGCACGCGCGUGUUAGAGCUAGACUAGCACAUGGUCAUUACUCAGAAAUACUGGGUUUAAAGGACAUCAAAUGAUCCCAAAACACUCAUCAGACUGCAACUCCUGUUAACACGGAACGAGGUUGUUCUAGUGACCCAGCACGUGGGAAUGAGAGCGCACAAGACCGCAGGGCUGCAACCCGGUUCAUUCCUCCAAUACUGCUGGUCUCUCAUUACUGAAUUUAAUUAAGUACGGGUUCCUUUUCAGAAAUGACGAUGUCUGUCUUAAGUCAAGGGCUAAGUUUGGCAAGAUGCUUUCUAAACAACGGCACGUUAGCGGAUUUAUUAAUUAAGACGGGGUUAAAAAAAAAAAACGUUUAAUGCAUUGGAUUAGCGUUUCAGAUUGUGUAAUCUAGUAGAAAAUGAUGACAAAAAUGGUUUCUACAUGAUGUGAAUCCAGAUUUUGGUUGUUUGCAAAGUCACCUUGCUCUGAUAGAUGAGAGACUGCUCGCCAUCCGAUUGGAAGGAUUGAAGCUUCCUGUGUAUUUACCCAUUAAACAUCCCAUGUACAUAGCACUACCAGUUAAACAUGCAGGGAAAGACUACUACUGAGAGAGAGAGAGAGAGAGGGAGAGAGAGAAUGCAGUUGUCCUAUUACGAGAUGGUUGUGUAGGUUGAGUCAUUCGGGUAGUCUGGCACGUGUUAAUGAUCCAACUAAAUGUUUCUCAGCUGCAUUAAAAACGUUAAAAUUCACAUUGCAGUGCAUAUGCCAUGUAAAUAGUGUAAAGUAUAUUUGGUUUUACAGACUGUAUAAUCCUGUAUAAUCAUCUCUAUUUUGUUUCAAUUGUGAAACCGAGCAAUGGAAUUGAGGUAACCUAUUAAAAAGAAACCAAACUGACAUUAAGGGUCACUGUA